GUAUGUCCCCAGCGCAUCCGGUGGCAACAUGCCUCUGAUGACAAUGUUCUGUUUCCGGCUCACGGUCCGGCUAGGUGCAAUCAUUGUUGGAGGAUGCUGUAUUGUAAGCAAAGAACAGAAGAGAUUCCGUCGUUUGGUGUGUAAUAGGACUUCAUCCGAAACAGCUGGAAACACUCAUCACCAUGAUUCUACUAACGGCAUUGGGCAGUGGUUCGUUCUUGCGGAUGGAAGCUCUUCAGUACGAAGCUAGUAUGCAGCUCUACAAUCCACAUGCCAUCUUCCUUUGGUUUAUUCGAAUGUUCAAAACGAAGCCAGAUUUGUCGUACGUGAUCAUAAUGAGCACCAUGGGGUUGUAUCUGCCCUGCUGUGCAGCAAUGAUGGCAGGAGCAUUUUACAUGAAACGUUAUCUACUAGUUCCCUUCAUCGUGGUUGAACUGGUACGCCUGAUCACGCUUACCCUUACACACGUCAUUGGAAUGAUAGUGAUUAAAAAAUCGAUAAAUGUAGGCUACCUGAUAGCAUUUACGAUAUCCGGUGGCUUCUCGUUGCAGUACAUCGCCGUGUUUGGCGACAACCCACUGGCUCCGGUUGUGGCUGAAGGGUCGACGACGUUUCAACCACCGCUGCCAGAUAACCCUGCCACUCAGCUGCACAUCAGGAAGGAACACAAACCGAAGCUCGCGAUACCCUUGCCAAUGGCCCCGUUCAACGGGGCCAACAUGCUGCUGGAUGAUUUCCGCGCGCUGCACAGUCGCUAUUCGUAUGGCUGGGCCAUUUAA